AUGAACGACAAGGACCCGCCGCCAUUUGGCUACACCUUCUCCGACGACUUCUUCGACAACGCGGCCCCUCACUAUGACAACAAUGGCCCCUCGCUGCUCAGCGACAUGGAAAACCAGCAGCUCGACAACUUCUUCUCCUCCACCAACCCUUUCGACCUGCUCGACCCCCAGCACAUACCCCCCGCCCUCAACGACAAGUCCACCGCCCACGACUACAACAACUGGGAGGACUUCAUCGCCCCGCCCACCGUCCACCGUGUCACCAGCACCAUACCCGACCAGGCCCGUCUACAGACCACCUUCCAACAAGAACCCCACCACGCUUCCUCAUCCUCGCUCCACGGCAGCUUCCUGGCAAACACCCAGGAUGAGCUCCAGGCAGCUGCCACCCUCUUCAACCACGCCCAGCCCUCGUAUACAAACGGCCGUCUGCACAGCUUUCCUGAGCAGCCGGCUGCGGCCACCAAUUUCAUGACAAACAUCGCGCCCGGCCUGAAUCACGCUCAUCUGCCAAUGAGUGUCCAACCACACGGCCUCAUGAACCAGCGCAUGCCCUCGCUGUUGCCAAAUCACGGUGGACAUGCCCUAGACCCCCAGUUCCCGCCGCAGUGGACAAACAAGGCCCCGCAGCACACCCAACCAGACUUUGGUCCGCCGUUGCAGAAGAUCGACUUAAAGAGGUCUUAUACUUUUGGCACAGACAAUUCAUUCAAUAGUCCAUCCGGGUACUCGGGCGCAAACGGCCGCUCGGCCGAGCACAGCACGGCAAGGCAUUCCAUUAAUGAUGUAGAAGAGACCCACCAGCAUAUUUUACGAGCAGUGGCAGGCAUUGAUACCGUACGCACUACCUCGGCUGCAUAUCAAGACUCAUCAUCAGCCGUUGCCGGUGCAUCACGUGACGAUGACGACGACGAGCAGUCUGACGACUCCGCAUCUCAGGAAGAGCAUGACGACCGACCAGCAAAAAAGCGGAAGAAGUCCAUGGCGCAUCCUGGAAAGGAAACCCCGAGAAAGGCUGCGCGCAAUGGAAAAGCUCGCAAGACGUCGCUUGCAGAUGAGAGUAAGAAGAAGCGGGCUGCAACAAGUACCCAAAAGACACAUCGCGAAAAUUUGACCGAAGAGCAAAAACGAAACAACCAUAUUCUUUCUGAACAGAAGCGCCGCGAUUUAAUCAAGCAAGGCUACAAGGACUUGCAUGAAGUUGUGCCUGCAGUUCGCGGUGGUGGGCUGAGUAAGAGUCAGAUCUUGGUCGAAGCAGCAACAUUUUUGGAAAAGUUGAUCGAGGACAACAUUGCAUAUCGGAAAGUGACAGGGUGA